AUUGCAUGGGUCUUUACUAAUACCUAAAAAUAGUGGGAAGUAGGAAAUUCACAUGGUAGUGGGUGGCACGUUUGGCAAUACAAUUGGAAAGACAAAGCGGUCUGAUCCGGUCAGGCUCUGCCGGAGGCCUAUUCGUCUAUUCGUAAAAGAAUUCCAGUCUUCCCCGCCCAGCAAGCAAAGAGGACCCUUUCUCCAGCUCCAAUUAAGCUCUACUGCGGACGCGAACACACGGAAAAGAAGGGAGGGAGGGAGACGGAGAGAAAUUUCGAAUGCGAUGAUUCUAUUGCAGUCUUCUUCGAGAUUUCUCUUGCAGAUCUUGCUAAAUCGGAUUCAGAAUCUAGAGAAAGGAGUUGAAAUGGAUUACCAUUGGGUUGAGUUUGACGACAUUCGCUUCCAUGUCCAGGCAUCAAUGAAGAAUCCUCAGUUCUUGCUUUUGUCUGUAUUGUUACCAACACCACCUCCAGAAACUGUCUUUUAUGGCGGGCUUCCAUUUGGAGCCAUCGAAGCUAUAAAAGCUGCAUACAGUGUAAUUGUGCAAAUUCUUGAUCCUCCAAGGGACGGAUUUAAUCUCACAGUGAAACUUAAUUUGUCCAAACUCCCUCCAGAUGAAGAGUAUCGGCAUGCUCUUUUGGUUAAAAUUGCUUCCGUAAGGGAAGUGGUACUUGGUGCGCCACUAAAGAUGGUCUUAAAACGUCUUGCUUCUAGAAGUACUGCGGAGGAUAUAGAUAAGUUUCUUGCUAUUGUGCAUCGGCCGAAGGAGUCUUUCUUCCUUAUUCCUCAGGUAGAGAAGGUGAUGGUGGUGUUUCCUAUGAGAUUCAAAGACUCCAUAGAUACUAUUCUUGCUACUUCAUUCCUGCAGGAAUUUGUGGAAGCUAGGCGUGCAGCAGGGCUUAAUAAUGCUCCUCAUUAUUUGUGGUCUGCUUCACCACCCCCUGAAUUGAAUGGAGCUCCUUCUGAAGCUCUGGCUGCUAAUGCAGGAUUCGUUACAUUUGUUAUUCUCCCGCGACAUGUUGAAGGCAAAAAGCUGGAUAGAACUGUUUGGAGUUUAUCAACAUUUCAUGCGUAUGUUAAUUAUCAUGUUAAGUGUUCAGAGGGUUUCAUGCAUACACGGAUGAGACGUCGCGUGGAGUCUUUGAUUCAGGCUUUGGAUCGUGCCAGACCAGGCUCGGAGAAGUCAAGGAAAGUGCGACAAAGCAGAUCCUUCAAACAACUGGUUCUCUAGCCUUAAAGAAGCACAAACCUAUUAAAAUUCAUGAAGGCGAAGAGUGGAGAGGAUUAGCUUCCAAUAAACUGUACAGACGAGGAAGAUUGCUGUUGGGGGGUCGUGGUUCAUCUGCUGCCGAGGACAAUUGAUGCAUAUUCAGCUGUAUUCAGUCUUCUCUCCAUCUCUUUUCACUCAAAUGAAUGCCCCACUUCGAUGGGUGAUAUUUCAGUCCACGUGGUGGCUACAUGUCUUUAUUGUUCUCCAGCCAGGUGAAGGAUUCGAGGUCCAGUGAACCAAAUUGCUGUGCUUGCCAGUGCAGCUGAAAACACUGGACCCAUGACUGAGACAAUGGUUACCUAUAAAUUGAAUCGGCGGGACAGAUUGGCUAGAUUAUUCUGGCUCAUGGAGCUUGAAACUUUUGUUUUUCAUGUUGGAGCAAAUAUGGAUUGGUUCCAAGUAGCCACUACUCAUUACAUACAUGAUGGACACCCACUAGCCCAGCAGAACGUAUUUUGCUUGAUUGUCACAAGAACUUCAGCCGAAUUAUGCAUGAUAAUGUAUCAUUUAGUUUGCUCUUA